GACUUUAUCGCGAUAUCCAGCAACAGAAUAGCAUAUUUUGGCAGUUUUAAUUGGUUAUUGCUACACCUCUGCAAGCUACUUCAAGCUUCAUUAAACUUUGGCACCAUAAAUACAGAAGAGAAACAGAGAACACUCAACCAGAAGGGGGCUAAAGUCGUGAAGAAACUACAAGUACAAGAUUCGUGCCAAGAUGAAGAUUAUUUUUGUGGUGAUGAUUGCGGUUAUUGCAACGGUAUCCGCUUUUAAUACCUAUCCAGAACGCAGAGAAGCUGAAUCUCCAACAUACGAGGAAGGCUAUAGAAGAGGAUACGCUGAUGCAGGAAUAAACAAUCGAGUUGCAGACCCUCGUCGUGGUUUCUUCGGCACUGUUACCAAAGACUGCAGCUCAAGUGUAAAGAACUGCAAUGGAUGCCGAGGCUAUUUGUCAAGUUGUUGUUCGGAUAAGAAUUGCAGCGGUGGUAGGAGAUGCAAAAGAGGACUUUGGAGUUACUCGUGCGAUAAUUAAUAUGUAUUGCUAGUGUAAUGUGUAUUGGUUUAAUAUACAUAUUCGUACAAAA